AGGAGAUCGCAUAUAAUCGCAUAACCUCAAAUUCGCAAGAAUUCAACUCGUGUGUUCUUAAUAAUGGAUCUUGUGAAGUCGAUCUUGGAAGAGAAUGAAGAGAAAGAGGAUUUAAGUAAAUCGAUAAAAGUUCACAAGAAUGUGGAGCUUGACAUCGAUCUGGGAACUCUGCUCGCAUCCGACUAUAACGUUUUUAAUGCAAAGGCUCUAAAGUCAAAACCAAAUUCAUAUUUGAAAGAUCUGACAAGAGACAACGUACAGUUGCUGAUCAAUAAAAUCUGGGAAUUGCCAGUAGAACGAGUGGACGAAGCUAUAGUGGCUAAGUUGCCCAAGUCUAACUAUACAUUGCCACGCUCACGUGUCAUUCCGAAGCCGAAGCCUUUGACAAAGUGGCAGCAAUUUGCUAAAGAAAAGGGAAUUCGAAGUAAAAAGAAAGGUAGAUCCAAACUGAAGUGGGACGAGGAAUUGAAGAAAUGGAUUCCAACAUACGGUUACAAACGAGUAAAGGCUCAGGAACAGAAAGAAUGGUUAAUAGAGGCCAAGGGUGAUGCUAGCUCGACCGAGGAUCCGUUUGCUAAAGCUAAAACAGCUAAACAGGAAAGGCAAUCCAAAAACGAAUUGCAAAGACUUCGCAAUAUAGCAAAAUCGAAAAAUAUCAAAUUACCGAGAGUUGGUUUGCCUACCAGAGAACACUUUUCGAGUUCUCAACAGCUUUCUGAAGCUCUAACUAUAGCACGUACGUCGACUGCAUCUAUUGGAAAAUUCCAGUCUAGAUUACCGAAAGAGAAAGAUGCAAAAGGAAUUGCCAAGGAAGUAACAGGAAUGAAAAGAAAAAGAAAAGCACCUCCAUUAAACGUUAUUGAAGAGAAACGUCAGAAUAAAAAUCUGGUGGAUAGCGUUUUGAAGAGUAACACGAAAAUUGUACGCGAUGAUUAUUCGACAGGAAUUGCAGAAAUAAAGCAGUCCACAACAAGAGGUAAUAAAAAGAGGAAAGGCGCAUUAAAAGCAAGUAAAAAUAAAACUGCCAAAAAGCCGAAGGCAGGGAAAGGCAAGCGGGAUUUGCACAAGAAGGUUGGCGGUAGAAAGCGAAGAUAAAUUGAGAUGUCUGUAACAAUAUCUGUA